AUGAGCACUGAAUCAGAACCCAAGUACGCGAGCAGUCAGCCCGUCGACGAGGAGCAGGCCACCUCGAGGCCAAGUAGUGUGUCUUCGCUGCCCUCGACCUUUCAAAAGAUCCUUCGCUAUGGACGGGUCGAAGCGCGCGGCAUUGAGCCCAUCCCACUCGAGGAGCGCACAUCGACCCGGUACUACAACAUUGCGACAAUCUGGACCUCGGUCAAUACAAACAUUCUUGGAAUCACAUUUGGCAUGCUGGGGCCCUUGGCAUACAGCCUCAGUCUGCGGGACUCGGCGCUCGUUAUUCUCUUCUUCAAUAUUCUUUCCUGCAUUAUUCCCGGAUACCUGUCGACGCUGGGCCCGAAAACCGGUCUGCGGCAAAUGAUUCAAGCGCGCUACUCUUUUGGUCGAUAUCUCGUUUCCAUCCCGGUCCUGUUGAACUUGGCGACCAUGACUGGCUUCACAGUCAUCAUUUUCAUCACCGGUGGGCAGUGUCUGGCCGCUGCAUCCAACGGGUCCAUAACCCCCACCGCCGGCAUUGUCAUCAUUGGCAUCAUUUCAUUGAUCGUAUCGUUUUGCGGCUUCAAGAUUUUGCACAUCUACGAGACUUAUGCUUUUGUCGUUGCUGUCAUAGCAAUCACAAUCACUGCUGGAUGCGGUGGCGCAGGUCUCGCGAAACAACAUUCGCCUCCCCAGCCAGCGACCGCUGCCAACGUCCUCAACUUUGGCAUGAUUGUAGCAAGCUAUCAGAUUCCUUAUGCCGGGCUGGUGAGCGACAUGUCGACCUAUUUCAACCCCAAAGUCUCAACAUGGCGAGUGUACUGGUAUACCUAUCUUGGUCUUAUGACUCCUACUAUUCUUCUCAUGACUCUUGGUGCGGCCAUCGCUGGUGCAAUCCCGAACAAUCCAGAUUGGCAAGCCCAGUACGACAAGUUUCUGGUCGGCGGUGCUCUGUCCGGCAUGCUUGCGCCUGUUGGCGACUUUGGCAAAUUUGUUCUCGUCAUUCUGACCCUCACCCUCCUCGGCAAUACCUGCGGCACAUUCUACAGCGUCACGCUGAAUUUCCAGACUUUGCUUCCUUGGCUCCUUCGCGUGCCACGCUAUGUGUUUGCUCUUCUCAUUACCGUCAUCGUUGUGGUCGUCUCAAUCUUUGCUGUCGACAACUUCUUUGUAAGCUUAGAGAAUGCCGUCUCGCUCAUCGGGUACUGGUCCUCACAAUUUUGCGCCAUCGUCAUUGUUGAAGACGUCGUCUUUCGCCGCCGCGAUCCCGAGGCCUAUGACCAUGCCGUCUGGUGCGACCCCAAAAGGCUACCGCUCGGCAUUGCUGCCGUGAGCGCGGGACUGUUGGCCUGGGGUCUCAUCGUGCCCGCCAUGAACCAGGCGUACUUUGUUGGGCCUAUCGCAAAGCACACAGGCGAUAUUGGCUUCGAGCUUGCAUUUUUCUGCAGUGGUCUGUUGUACAUGCCUCUGCGAUGUAUCGAAAAGCGUCUGUCUGGGAGAUGA